AGUCCAGAUCCCAGUGUCUGCAUUUCCAAAUGGAAGAUGUACUGGAAGAUGGUCUAUACAACUCACCUCCAUUACCUUCCUAGGGAGGAUGGAAACUGAGAAUUUGGGUGCUUUCUGGGUGGAGAGAAGCUGUGUGCUGUGGAAGCCAGCUUGCUUCAGAGCCAGCUUGCUUCCCUUCAUUCCUACCUGUCCUUGCCACUGAGAGUCACCGAGCUGACUGCAAGUCCUCACAGACUUUGGGCCAUAUGCUGCUGUGGAUAGCUGUGCUAUUCCUGGCUCCUGUUGCCGGGAUAUCUGAUCUCCCAAAGGCUGUGGUGAGACGCGAGCCCCCAUGGAUCCAGGUGCUCCAGGGAGACCUCGUUUUACUGACAUGCGAGGGGGCCCUCAGCCCUGGGAACCACUCCACCCAGUGGCUCCAGAGCGGGAGCCCCAUCCCCGCCCAGGUCCAUCCCAGCUACCGGUUCACAGCCGAGAAAAAUGACAGCGGAGAGUACCGGUGCCAGAUGGGCGGGACCAGCCUUAGCGACCCUGUGCAUCUGGACGUGAUCGCGGACUGGCUGCUGCUCCAGACCCCCCAACCAGUGUUCCAGGAGGGAGAAGUCAUCAUGCUGCGGUGCCACAGCUGGAAUGACAGGCCUUUGGGAAAGGUCACAUUCUACCACAAUGGAAUAGCCAAGAAAUUUUUCAAUUUCAAUAGCAAUUUCUCUAUCCCACGAGCAAACCACAGUCACAGUGGUGAUUACCACUGCACAGGACAUAUAGGAGUGACACCCCACAAAUCACAGCCUGUGACCAUCACUGUUCAAGAGUCCAAGUCAAGUGACUCUUCGUCAGUGGUGAUAAUUGUGGCUGUAGUCAUUGCGAUUGUUACAGUGGCCUUUAUUGUUGCUGUGGCAGCCAUGACCUACCUCAAGAGAAAGAGGACUCCAGCUCUCCCAGGAAGCCCUGAGCACAGGGAAAUGGGAGAGACCCUUCCCAAGGAGCUAGCCAAUCUCUCUGAUCCCGAGGAAGCUGCUAAAGCUGAGGCUGAGAAUACAAUCACCUAUUCACUUCUCAAGCACCCGGAAGCUCGGGAGGAUGGAACAGAGCCUGAUUAUCAGAACCACAUUUAAUCUCCAUUAUCUAGCCCUGGAAUUUGGGGGAGAAAAUAAGAGAAGUGAGGAUCUGCUAUCUCCUGGCCUGAAGUUCCCCUGGAGAUGUAGAAAGAAUGCUGCGGUUCCAAAGAGGGAGCACUAUUCUUCCAGAGUUCCAUUUGUGAGUCCUGAAGUUCUCUGGCCUGACACUAAUAGAAAAUAUGGCCCCUGGUGGCUAACUGAUUGAUUGCAUGUCUUGGCACUUCCCAACAUCAAAACUCUACACAGCCCCACAGCCAAUGUAAUAAAAUUACUGUUGUUAAGAGAUAUUAACAACAUGGGACACACUUAUACUAUGGGUAACAUGUGAGCAAUUACAUAAGUACAUAUGAUUUCAGAAAUGAUAAAAUCAACUAACAUAGACCAACAUAUUAAAAGUGAUUGUUUCAGGGUGAUGGAAUUAUCAGUGGUUUUUCUUCUUAUUUUCCUAUAAAGAUCAUGCACUGCAUUUAUAAUAAAUUUUGUGAAAACAACAUUCUGUUUACCUA